AUGACGGACGAGUCCCACGCCACAGCCGAGCAGCUGCCGUCGCUGACCGAGGAGCAGCGACGUGCGGCAAGUGAGACGAUCGACGACUUGCUCGAGACGCGUCCCGAUGCCACGGCCCUCGAACAGCGCAACGUGCUGUCCACGGCGUCUCCCACCGUCUCGGGGACACUUCAAGGCGUGCAGAAGCAGCUGCAGCACAAGAUGCGCACGGACGAACUGGCGCAUCGUCUCGAGACGCGACCGGACGUGCAGGAGCUGCGGGACCAGGCGAUCGUGCACGGCAGCGACGGCGUCGCCCCGAGUUUGCAGGCCGCCCAGGAGAAGCUGCAGCGCCAGUUGAACACGGAAAAAGUGCACCAGAACUUGAGCAAACGGCCGUCGGUCGAGGAGUUGCGCUCGACGGGUGUCUUGGACACGAGUGCCGAUCUCGCGCCCCGUCUGACGGCUGCAGCGAAGCAGUUGGAGAAGCAGCUGGUGCAGGAUCACGUGUCGCAGUUGCUGGAGGCCCGACCUGAGAAAGAGGAGCUCGUGCUGCAUCAUAUUCUACCGGAUCAGGAGGUGGCGGUGGCCCCAGUGCUGCAAGGCGCGACGCAGGAACUGGCGCGGCAGUUGAAGGCCGAUCAGGUUGCGCGACAACUACGUCAUCGACCGGCCGUGACGGAGCUGGAGACGAGGGGCAUCAUUGAUGAAGGAGAGCUGGGCGAAGAUGUUCUACCCACAAAAGAGCAACUGCUGUUGCAACGUGCGCGGUACGCAAGAGCGCUGGGGACAGUCAACCGGCUGGCAGCUGAAAAGCUGAUCUCUGCAGAAGAGAAGACACGUUUGAAGGAUUUGAUUUUGAGCGAUAAUGAAACAAUCGUGGCUGCGCUCGAAGGCUAUGAGCUCGAUGGGGAUAACAAAGAGAAGCUCGACGCACUGUACCGUGCGUUUGCCCAGGUGCCGCCGUGA